AUGCUGUUUUACUGUUUAAUCUCAGUUACUCUUUGCAGGCCCACGAAGCAGCCGCUGCAGAAGUUCCCAUCGCAUUCAUGGGGCGACCAUGGCGGCCCCUGGAAGCUUCAUCAGGUUGCCGCGCUCGCUGCUUUGGUAGCAGGCUUUGGGCACUCCAGAAGCUUGAGGCCUGCCAGGCACGAGGCCUUUGCAGGAAAGGUCCUAUCCAGUGUCAGCCUGUGGCAAACCAGCAGGAAGCGGGCUAUCCGCCAGCACCUACCGGAGUUUGCGCUGAACCGGGGCGAUACGGAUGAGGAACUUCUGCAGCAAGCAGCUUCCAAGAAUUCAGCAUUAGACAUGCGGCACUAUGUGGCCGCCAUCAACAAGUCUGCAAGAGCGGGCGCGCCGGAGAAAGCUGACGCUUGCUUUCGGGAGUUGCGAUCUGCGCGUCUAGAUCCUGACAUAUUUGCGUAUACUGCGGUGAUCAACGCUCAUGCCCGAACUGGCGAUGCUGCUGGGGCACAAAGGUGGUUCAAGGACCUUGUGGAUGCGGCUUUGCAGCCUGAUACCAUUUGCUACAGCAGUGUCCUCAACGCCUGUGCUCAGGCUCACGAGCCAGAGCUUGCAGAGAGCUGGUUGCUGAAGAUGAUUGCAGCACGUGUGCUGGUGAAUCGUGUGGCCUACAGCACCGUCAUCAAUGCCUUUGCACAGGAAGGUGAUGUGAAUUCGGCCGAGCGCUGGUUUGCCAACAUGGCCAAGGAUCGAGUAGAACCCAACGCGGUGACAUAUUGCAGCAUGAUAAAAGCCGGCGCGAACAAGGGAGACGUCGAGGAUGCACAGCGGUGGCUCCAGUGCUUGCUUGCAGCAGGGCUCGAGGUGCCUCCGUUGGCCUUCAACACUGCAAUCAAUGCCUGCGCAGCGACCGGCGAUUUGGCAAGUGCUCAGCACUUACUUCUUGCCAUGCGCGAGCACGCGAUAGAAGACACGUUGGUAACGUACAACAGCUUGGUGAAGGUGAGUGCGGCCACGGGCGAUGUCGAAAGCGCCCAGCACUGGCUUGACGCGUUACUGGCCUGCCGGCUUCAACCUGACACGCAGACCUUCAACAGCCUUCUCAGCUGUGGGGCUCAUCGCGGAGACAUGCAGGCGUGCGAGAAUUGGUAUCAGCUGAUGGAAAGCUCACAUGCAGUUCCUGACACCAUCACUUACAGUACCAUGCGUACAGCUUGCACUAGAUCUGGGGACUAUGCCCAGGCGCAGAAUUGGCUGAAUAAAAUCGUCGAGAAUGACGACGAAGCUCGAGGCAUGUGGACUGCGAGGGGCAAGGUCGCCAGUGAUCCUUUCUCUGAGAGCGGGGGAACCAUGAAGAAAGCGUUGUACCGCUUCCGCUCUCAGGGAGAUCAAACCAUCGCAGAGCACCUGGAACGUGCACUGGAGCACCAGUGGGUCUACGGGUAUCCUCGUGUCCCGAGCCAUGAGAAGCAGCUGACACAUGGAACCUACAAAUACAUGGCCGGGAUGCAGCCGAUGACUGCGCGAGAAAUCUUCCACAUAAUUCCUGAAAGCAAGACCAUUCUUGAUACAUUUUGUGGAUCGGGGACGGUUCUAAUCGAAGGAUUGGUGGCCGGCAAGCAAAAGUGCAUCGGUGCGGACACGUCUCCUUUGGCAAUUUUCGUCUCCAGGCAUCACACAGACGCGCAGCAGCUUCCCUUGGACAAGUUCGUGGAAGAGGCAGAAAACAUUGCCGCAAACAUUGCCCGCAGCUCGGACUGGGCCAGCCUGCGUGAGCGAAUUCGGAAAGUGGCCCCCGAGCUUCGGGAGCUUCGGGAUGGACUUUGGUUUGCUUACGCCGUCGCUUGGCGGCUGGCACACGCACAAGUCGCACAAAGCGCACAAAACGCGCAUGGUGUCAGGUCCGAGGAAGUCCGUGUGGGCGAUGCAAAGUCCUACUUCCUUUCGACGGUUCAUCGCUUUGCAAAUCAGGUGCGCGAGCUGCGGGGUGAAAUCCACGGCAAGCCCACUGUGGAGCUUCACUGCUGCGAUUGCCGAAUGCUAGUGUUGGAAGACCAAGUGGAUGCGAUCCUUACCAGCCCGCCGUACCCUGGGGUCUACGACUAUGUCAAGGCCGCAACCAGCGACUGGUGCCAAGUGGCUGGGAAGGGCCGGAACCAGAACGUGUCGGUGGAUGGGCUCCCGGCAGAGCUCCAAUUCCCAGCAGGCACCGAAUACUUCGAAGACUCCUCGGAGCUGGGCGCAGCCUCUUUGCAGCCCCGGUCUGUGGCAGAGGCCCGGGCACAGUGGCAGGCGCAGCAGGCAGAGUGGCUCGCGGCUGCGCACCGCAAUCUUUGCAGCGGAGGAACUCUGACCAUAAUGGUUGGAAACGGCGAUGCCUUGGAGGAGAAUGCCAACGAAAUUGAUUGCCUGCAGUCUACACUGUCAGCUGCCAGUUUGCUUGGCUUCGAGCUUGCCGCACCCUCAGAAACUUGA